AAACACUGCUGUAUAGUACUUUUGAUCCUUGCUCAUCUCUGAUGCUGUACCCUAGGGUUUGAACUGCUCUUUAAGGUGAAUUGAUUUCCUCCACUCUGAUUUCUUUUUCUCUCUCCACCAACCCCAGGCAUCUUCUAGGUUCUGUUGCCUGCAAGGAAAGCAGGAUAACUUGUGUGGUGUUAUUCAUACAGGUAUUUGAAUGUCCAGCCACUAGGUCUCGAAUCUAACAUUCCACCCACUUCUGUCUGCAGCAGAUUUACCGGCUUGCUCUGGGUGCUCUCGCUCCCGACAGGAAAUAGCCCUUGAGAUUGAAAGGACGCACAAUCUGACACUCAACAUGCAGGUCAGCUCAGGACAGCUGCUGUCAAACUAUGUGCUUCUCCAGGGGAAGCCUUUUGGAAAUCCUGAUUUCAACCCAACCAUUCAGCCGUUUCCAGGGCUUCCACUGCCAGCCCUUUCUAUGGCAGACUGGUUGGGCCUCACGGACUCUCAGCGUCUCCAGCAGAAUACCUUGGCCUUCUCCAGUUUGCCAGUGUACUUGGCCAGUGUGAAACGCCAGCAGAUGGAACUGAAUUCACCGGAAACCGAAUUACAUCGUCAGCUCGAAUCUUCGCAUCUGCACUGCCUGGGUCUGGAAAAUAACCUUAAAUCCAUCAUGUCUUCCCUGGGCAUCAUGCCAGGUCCAGCUAUAUCAGCUAAGCCUUCAGAGUCUGACAACGCCUUCAUUAUGAAACUCACAGGCUACUACAUUUGCCACCUCUUCCGAGACUGGGUCAACCGAUGUGAAAAGGACAUGGUCCUGUUGGCUAAGAAGUACCCUGUCUGAAAAUGCUCCUCCCUCCAUAUUGACUGCUCCAGAGCUAGAAAUGUGGAGGGCACCACACGCUACCCCAUGUUUAACUGAAGCAUGGGUUGGAUGAAUUCAUCCGUUUCCUUGAGUUCACACAAAGUAUCACACACAGCAUCUUUAACCAUCGGGACACUUGUAAAUCUAGUAGUUACUGUCAGACAAUAUACUGAACUUGGUUAGUUUUAACCUAGUUUGUUUGUAUCUUACCCUGUUGUGCAAAUCCAGCCUGUUGGGUUAGCUUAUGGUUUGAUUUCAUGUGCUGACCAAGAAAAUGGGUUAAUUUAGUAACCAGGUUAAGGGUGUUGCAGCCAUUGAACCAUAAGCAGAAUUCCUGGCUGUGGUUCGCCCAACUGUUAACAUGUCUUACAACAAACCAGACUGAAAGUGAAUAAGCCAAAGAAAACCAUCUCCUCAGAUUAGUAAUAUUAGGGAAAAAAGUAACAGCACAAGAAUUCUAAUAAGUACCUUGUACUUCCAAUUAAGAAUCUAUAUAUAUAUGCCAUUGAAACAAUAUAAAUCUUAUAGUUGUGCGAAAACAACUCUGAAGCCAGAGACUAACCUUGCAUGGUGGGCAAACCAAACAGUGUAUUGUCCUAGUUUAUUAAUAUGUUCCAGGUGGGGAGAAGGUAUCUCUUCUCUACUUAGUGAGAACCCUGAAGAAAUGGCAUGAUAUGUUCUCACAGCACAAGGUUUUCCGUUGCACCCUUCAUGACUGUAAAACUGACCAGCUUCUCCAAAUAUAGAAAAUAUAGUUUUCUCUGAAACUAUAACUCCCAUAAUCCCAUAGGCAGGAUGGGGGAUCAGAUUGUAGACUGGACAGCUGAUCCGGGCUAAUCGCAUCUAUCUCCUUGGCAAGGCCAGGAAAGGAGAGAGGAGUGAUGGUCACCAUUUGGAAGGCAGAAUUUUAUCCUUCCUCCCAGCAGCCACUUUGUCCUCUGAAUGUGGAAAAGAGAAGUGCGGCUGUGCACUUGGGUGUAGAAUCCAGUGGGAAGUGUGAUUCAGUGGACUUUUAAAAUACAGAGCAAACCCAGACUGCUAAGGUGACUGAGUUAGCAGUUUGCUUAAGUUUGGGUUUCCUGAAGCAACGUCCAUUCUUCCCUCUGAAUCAGUAUUUUCAACUUCAACCACUUUAAAAUGUGUGGACUUCAACUCCCAGAAUUCCCCAGCCAGCUUGGGGAAUUUCCCAGCCUGCUGGCUGGGGAAUUGUGGGAGUUGAAGUCCACACAUCUUAAAAUGGUUGAGGUUGAGAAGUGCUGCUCUAUAUAAUACUGAAUAUUAAGAAACUUGUCUUCAGCGUUGAAAGACUUGGACAGUUUAUUGUCCAUUCACUGAUACUGUUUCUUUCUCAAUAGCACUUCGUCCCCUUUUAAUAUUGAGUUCUCACAUAUGAUUGUGUCAUCUGUUGGGGAGAUUUUACACCAUUGCUUUCUCUCUUGUUUUAGUGUUUAAUAUAUGUUAUGCUCUUUAUACAUUUCUUCAUGACUUUCAGCACUGGGAAUUUUUCCCCUUUCCCUUUUCCAGUUAGAAUUCCAGUUGUGAAGUUUCUUUCCUCUAGGACGUAUGUUCCUGGCUAAAAUAUUUUUAUUUAUAUAUAGUCUUCUAAUUCUUCAUAGAUAGAUAGAUAGAGCAAAAAAUAAAUUUA